AUUGCUUUCUCUCCAGAGACAUCGCCUCAGUCCGUUCAACUACAAUGUCUACAGCCUCGAAGAUCACCCUCCUCAGCACUAUUCUGGGCACCGCCGGCGUAGUCGCCUUUGUCCACUGGGCCCAGACCGCCGAACAGGCUGCCAUGCACGCCGGCGUCGUUAGGGACAUGGAACAGCAACGCAUCAAGAGAGAAAGGCAGGCCGACUUUGACAUGCAGAGACAGCUGGAGGAGGAAUAUAAGAAGGUGCAGACUGUGCACGACAGUACUAGUGGUGCUUGACGACGUGCUACUCCUCUGGAUUCUCCUCAAUGGACCAGCGACGAAGCUCCUAGUCACCCGCCUCGAGUACUCCGGGUCUGGAAUGCGAGCUGAGCGACCGAGAGUCGAACCCGCCACGACGACACUGCCACAAUUUCACUGUACUCAUCAGUGUUGACGGCAGGGACAACCUCGACCUCAAGGUGCAAUAAUGGUCCGACAGUCACAUUGCAUCUGCGAUCACACACUCGUCUCCUUACACCAUGGCUCACUGCUCUGUCAGCCUUGUUUGAGGCGUGGAAUGGGUUCGAGUCUGAUUUCCUCCGGCGUGAGAAACGAGGUACAGCGGAAGCACUUGAGAAUGGGAAACACCUCGCUUCUAUUGGAAGCGUCAACCACACGUGCCUGAAGGUUUCCAUGUCGACGCACAGAAUGAUGUGCGCAUUUGGAUGAAGCUCUGUAUCAAAGGGUCGGUCAAUUCAGGCAUUGCCAGAGCCCCGGCAGUUUGGAUUGUAUCCUUUGCACAGCGAUGCAUACUUGCCGACAGACAGCCAGAAUUGGAGAGCAGAAAAGCUCCGGUAUUUUCUUUCACAGUCGUGAUGAAGCAGCCGGAGCCAGUUGUCGGAGUCAAUAUAUCUCAACUCAAGCUAAAAACAAGCUCGUAGAGUAUGUUAUGUACCUGAUUUACAUAGCCUCUAAAGGUCUUAACUUGCUCAGGAGGGGCCCGAGGAGAAGAAUUCUUAAAACAUCAUCUUAUACCCCG